AUGGCAGCCACAAAUGUCUAUGUGUCUAUGUAUCUCUGUGUCUACGUGUCUACGUGUCCAUGGGGCCGGUGUAUGGGCAGCGAGUGUGGCCCAGGGGGCAGCCAGAGCCGGGCAGUGUGGUGCGCCCACUCUGAAGGCUGGACUACCCUUCACACCAACUGUGAACAGGCCGAGCGCCCAGAGAACCAGCAGAGCUGCUUCCACGUUUGUGACUGGCACAAGGACCUGUAUGACUGGCAGCUGGGUGCCUGGAAUCAGUGCGUGCCUGUGUCUAUGCGUAGCACCGGGGUGAUCCAGCGGCCAGCCGUGUGUCUCCACGGCGAGGAGGGCAUCCAGACACGCGAGGUGGGCUGCGUCCAGAAAGCGGAUGGCGUGCCAGCGGAGGAUGUGGCAAUUUGUGAAUACUUUGAGCCCAAGCCCAGGCUGGAGCAGGCCUGUCUGAUCCCAUGCCCACGGGACUGCGUGGUCUCCCAGUUCACCCCAUGGACUUCCUGUUCAAAAACGUGUGGCACAGGUCUUCAGAAUCGUGUCCGUUUUGUCCUGGCGCCGCCCAUGUUCGGGGGUUCGGCCUGCCCUAACCUGACAGAGUUCCAGACUUGUCAGCCAGGUCCCUGCGUGGGACCAGAGAGCCUCUAUAGUCUAAGGGUGGGAUCCUGGGGUCCCUGCUCUAUACCCCUCCCUCAGGCCAAAGAGGGCAGCGUGGUGCCCACCCCACGCCAGCCUCGUCUGAGUAAAGAAGAAAGGAUGAAAAGAAAGGAAGAAAGAAAGGAGGGAAGAAAAGGCAGACAGGCAGCCAAAGAAGGGCGCAGGAAAAACAAGGAAACAGUCAAGGAGCGGGUGAGAGAGCUGGCGAGGGUGAGGGGGAGGGUGAAAGACCCAGAGACCAAGGAGCUGAUCAAAAAUAAGAGGAACAGGAACAGACAGAACCGACAGGGAGGGAAGUUCUGGGACCUGCAGGUUGGAUACCAGACCCGGGAGGUGACCUGUGUUCACAGGAGCGGCAACGCUGAUGCACUCAGCCUGUGUUCUCAGGAGUCCCUACCAGUGACCUACCAGGCCUGCGUCCUGACCAAGGACUGUGAGGUGAGCGACUGGACCGAUUGGUCGCCCUGCUCCAAGGACUGCUACGAGCUCAAUGGGCCCACGGGCGAACACACACGCACACGCCGGGUACACCUGCUCCCCGUGGGAGGAGGGGCAGAGUGCCCCGAACUGGAGGAGAAGGAACCAUGUACCCCUCAGGGAGAAGGGGUACCCCCCUGCAUCGUGUACAACUGGAAGACAACAGAGUGGACUGAGUGCAGGGUGGACAUGUUGCUAAGCCAACAGGACCGUCGUCGUGGUAACCUAACGGGGCUGUGUGGAGGCGGAAUCCAGAACCGUGAGGUGUACUGUGUCCAGGCAACCAGCGUUGACCCCGCUUCCAGCGCUCUCAAGAGCAAAGAAGCCUCCAGGCCCGUUGAUGGUGACCUGUGCCUCAGCCCGCCCCCCAACACCACCCAGCUGUGCCACAUCCCCUGUCCUGUGGAGUGUGACCUGUCCUCCUGGAGUGCCUGGGGACCCUGCACCUUCGAGAACUGCCUGGACACAGCUGCCAAGAGAGGGUUCAAACUGAGGAAGAGGAUAGUCAUCAAUGAGCCGACAGGAGGAACAGGAAGCUGCCCUCACCUGGUGGAGGCCAUACCAUGUGACGAACCCAGUUGCUAUGAUUGGUUGCUUGUGAAGCUGGAGGAGUGUAUCCCAGACAACGAGAGAGAGUGCGGACCGGGCACCCAUAUACCACAAGUGCAGUGUGUCAACAGUGAUGGUGAGUAUGUGGACCGCCAACUGUGCCGUGAUGCCAUCCUGCCCAUGCCUGUCAUCUGUGAGGUGCCUUGCCCCAAGGACUGUGUCCUCAGUCCCUGGGCCUUCUGGUCCCUGUGCUCACACACCUGCUCCGGGAAGAACACAGAGGGAAGGCAGAUGAGAGCCCGCUCAGUACUGGCCUACAGCGCAGGGGAAGGCGGGGUCCAGUGCCCCAACAGCAUUGCUCUCCAGGAGGUGCGGAGCUGCAAUGACCACCCUUGUACUGUGUACCACUGGCAGACAGGGCCCUGGGGACAGUGUAUCGAGGACACGUCGGUCCCCCCUGCCAACUCCACAGCGGCCGGGGCCAGGACCGGGUUCGGGGUCAGGGGAGGGGACUCCUCCUGCUCUGUGGGGAUGCAGACACGGAAGGUCAUCUGUGUCCGGGUCAAUGUAGGACAGGUGCCUCCCAAAAAGUGUCCGGAGAGUAUUCGUCCUGAGACGGUCAGGCCCUGCCUCCUGCCAUGUAAAAGAGACUGCAGCGUCACCCCCUACAGCGACUGGUGCGCCUGCCCUGCCACAUGUAAAGCAGGUGGCAACACGAAAAGGAAACAGAACAGGAAACGCAUCAUCAUCCAGCUGCCGGCCAACGGGGGACAGGACUGCCCGGAGGUGUUGACUCAGGAGAGAGACUGUGAGGCGCCGUCUGUCUGUUUGGGAUACAGGUGGAAGACACACAAGUGGAGGCGAUGCCAGUUGGUUCCCUGGUCCGUUCGUCAGGACAGUCCUGGAGCUGUGGAGACCUGUGGGCCUGGACUGCAGGCUAGAGCUGUCUCAUGCUGGAAGCAGGAUGGGGGUCAAGCGGACAUGGGAGCAUGUCUGAAGUUUGCCAGCUCCAUGCCCUCUCUAACCCAGCUCUGCCAGCUCCCAUGCCAGGAUGACUGCCAGCUAACCGCCUGGUCCAAGUUCUCUUCCUGUACACAGGACUGUGUGGGCGUCAAGACCCGCAAGAGGAUGCUAGUGGGGAAGAGCAAAAAGCGAGACCAGUGUAAGAACAACCAGGUGUACCCCCUCAGUGAGAUCCAGUACUGCCCCUGUAAUAAGUACAACGCCCAGCCCGUGGGGAACUGGUCGGACUGCAUCCUGCCUGAGGGUGGGCGCAUGGAGGGCCAGCCGGGCAUGAAGAUCCAGGGGGACAUCAAGGAGUGUGGCCAGGGCUACCGCUACCAGGCCAUGGUGUGUUACGACCAGGACAAUAGACUGGUGGAGACGUCACGGUGCAACAGCCACGGGUAUAUUGAGGAGGCUUGCAUCAUCCCCUGUCCGUCUGACUGUAAACUCAGUGAGUGGUCCAACUGGUCACGAUGCAGCAAGUCUUGCGGCAGCGGGGUCAAAGUGCGUUCCAAGUGGCUGAGGGAGAAACCUUACAACGGUGGUAGACCGUGCCCCAAACUCGACCACGUCAACCAGGCUCAGGUGUAUGAGGUGGUGCCGUGUCUCAGUGACUGUGGUCAAUACGUGUGGGUGGCUGAACCCUGGAGUGUCUGGAAGGUCAGCAAUGUGGACCUGAAGGAGAACUGUGGAGAAGGAGUGCAGACCAGAAAAGUCAGGUGUAUGCAGAACACUAUGGAUGGGCCGUCGGACUCUGUGGAGGACUACCUGUGUGACCCAGAGGAGAUGCCACUAGGGGCCAGAGACAGCCAGCUGCCCUGCCCUGAGGACUGUGUCCUGUCUGACUGGGGGGCCUGGAGCCGCUGCUCACUGCCAUGCAACAAAAUCAGCACUCGGGAGAGGACGGCAUACCUCAUCCGUCAACCUGGAGAGGGAAAGCUGUGCCCCAACACCACGGAGACCGAGCUCUGCAGCCUCAACAGCAACUGCUAUCACUACUCCUAUAACAUCACCGAUUGGAGCACCUGUCAGCUGAGUGAGAGAGCUGUGUGUGGUAGUGGCAUAAAGACACGCAUGCUGGACUGUGUACGAAGUGACGGCAAGUCUGUGGACCUCAAGUUCUGUGAAGAGCUGGGUCUGGAUAGGAAGUGGCAGAUGAACGCUUCCUGUGUGGUGGAGUGUCCCGUCAACUGCCAGCUAUCUGAUUGGUCACCUUGGUCCGAGUGCACACAAACCUGUGGACUAGCAGGGAAGCUGUGGCGCAGGAGAACGGUGCUCCAGGUGCCCCAGGGUGAUGGGCGACCCUGCCCCCAUCAGAGGGAACAGUGGAAGCCUUGCCCUGUCAGACCCUGCUACCAAUGGAGAUACAGCCCCUGGUCAGAGUGCAAGUCUGAGGGUGCGAGGUGCGGAGAAGGGCUGCGGUUCCGUAACGUGUCUUGCUUUGUGUCGGACGGGUCUGGCCAGGAAGAGGGCAGCCUGGUGGAUGAUGAGCUGUGUGGAAACCUGGAGCCCUCGGUAGACGGAGACAAACGGGUCACCCUGGAAGAACCCUGCACCUCGCCCUGUCCAGGUGACUGCUACCUGACUGACUGGACAGUGUGGAGCCCGUGCCAGCUGAGCUGUGUCAGUGGAGAUGACCUGGGUUUCGGCUCAGUGCAGGUCAGAUCCAGAGCCGUGCUGAACCAGGAGCCAGAGAACCUACUGCAGUGUCCAGAACAGGAGUGGGAAGCCCGGCCCUGCACUGAGGGCCAGUGCUAUGAGUACAAGUGGAUGACAGGAGAGUGGAGAAGCUCCUCUCGACUGGUCUGGUGUCAGAGAUCUGAUGGAUUAAAUGUCACAGGUGGCUGCCCUAUGACGGCCCAACCCGUGGCAGACCGAUCAUGUGACCCAGCCUGCAACAAACCACGCUCCUUCUGCACAGAGGCAGGUGUGUGUGGCUGCGAGGAGCGCUACACGGAGGUGAUGACUUCAGACGGCCUGCUGGACCAGUGUACGGUGAUCCCUGUGUUAGAGAUCCCCACGGCAGGGGACAACAGGGCUGAUGUGAAGACCAUCAGGGCGGUCAGCCCCACACAGCCCUCCAACAGCCUGCCUGGCCGAGCUGGACGCACCUGGUUCCUACAGCCCUUUGGACCAGAUGGUAAACUGAAGACAUGGGUCUACGGUGUUGCAGCCGGAGCUUUUGUUCUCCUCGUAUUUAUAGUCUCCAUGACCUUCCUAGCCUGUAAAAAGCCAAAGAAACCCCAGAGAAGACAGAUGUAUAACAACCGGCUCAAGCCCCUGACCCUGGCUUAUGACGGAGACGCUGACAUGUGA